AUCUGGCAAGAUCAUGGGCACCGAGUCAUCUGGCAAGACAGCGGGCACCAAGUCAUCUGGCACGACAGCGGGCUCCGGGUCAACUGACACGACAGCGGGCACCGAGUCAACUGGAAGGACAGCGGGCUCCGAGUCAUCUGGCAAGACAGCGGGCACCGAGUCAUCUGGCAAGACAGCGGGCACCGAGUCAUCUGGCUCGACAGCGGGUACCGGGUCAUCUGGUUCGACAGCGGGCACUGGGUCAUCUAGCUCGACAGCGGGCAUCAGGUCACCAGGCACGACAGCGGGAACCGGGUCAUCAGGC